GGUAUAUAAGCAUAGAGAAUUUAUCAAAACUUCACUAUUUUACGGAACGACGUAAAAAUGGAUUCCUCCUACUUCCAAACAUAUAUACUUGUCAUUGGCAUCAUAUGCAGUAUCACGUCAUCAAGAGCGGUAUGUCCAUCUGAUAGAAGCAAACCUUGGUGCUAUGAUGAUUCUCUACCUAAUGGUCCAUCAAAUUGGUACCGCACGUUUCCCAAUUGCAGUGGACAAAGGCAAUCACCCAUCAAUAUCAUAACGACACAAGUGUUGUCAGACCCAAGGAACCUUGUAGUCGCAAAUUAUGACCAACCUAUUAGUCGACUCAGGAUUGAAAAUAAUGGCUACAGGAUAUCUUUGUAUCCCAUGGACGGUGUUCAAAGGACUUUGACAUUUAACGGAUCAAUAUACACGUUGAAGUCAGUUCAUUUCCACGUUGGGAGUAGUUCAAAUCCUGGUUCAGAACACGCAGUUAAUGAACGAAAAUACACUAUCGAAUGUCAUUUGGAGCAUUGUACUCAAGAUGGGCGCUUACUUACUUUGGCAUCUUUUAUACAGCAAGGCCAAAUAAAUUAUUCCAUCGAUGUUAUGCUGGCUGUCAGGGGUUCUUAUAUGUAUGAGGGUGAAUAUUUUCAAGGUCAAGUUUCAAAAAGUGAUUCCAAUAAUCCAGGGAGAACCAUGAUCUACCUAGAUGAUCUAGUUCAAGUCGGUGGAGCGUAUUAUCGUUAUGCAGGUUCAAUUGAGUUUCCUCCGUGCAACGAGAAUAAAUACUGGUUGGUUAUGAAACCAAACAAACAAAUAUCAUCGUCUCAGCUUCAACAACUUUACAGUCUUUACCGUGCACGACGCGGUGCUAGCAACCUUGAACUGUGUCACCUCAUAAACAAUUUCAGACCUAUACAACCAACAAAUGGUAGACCUGUCUUCGGUUAAAAACCGUGUUUGCAGAUGCUACAUCAGCGCAUUAAUUUGGUUACGAAAAGCAAUAUUAAAGCUGCUACUGUUAACCAAUGUCAAUUAUAAUUCGUAAAUUAAACAAUUGUAUUAUCGAACUAAUAAAAUAAUAAAUAUUUUGAAA